UGUUGAAAACCUCCGCGCGGCGCACUCAUCGGGCUUCCCUUGAUGUUCUAACGCCGAGCACACAAGCCCACGCGAUGCAAGCUCGUGGGUCCGUGAGAAUGUGAAAAGUUGGAGACAGUCUGCAAUACUAACUGGCGACUUUCUGACGCUUUUACAGAGUUUACAUCUACAAGCAAAGCCUUCACCAGAAAGCUGAAAGAUUAAAACUCCAGACAUAAAUCUGACUUCCCAGAGAGCCGCACGAAGAGAAGAGCUGCAUAAAAAAUGGCAUCAAACGGAGAAAUACACGUCGCAGACGAUGUUCCCCUGAAUGGCUCACCACUAGACGAUCUUGCUGCUGAAAGCUUUCUACAACGGUCCAUGAGUAUGAUUUUAGAGGAGGCAGUGAAGAAGGCCACUGAUGUCCGACAAAAGGUUUGUGAGUGGCGCUCUCCUGAGGAGCUCAAGGAGCUUCUGGAUCUGGAGCUAAGAGAUGGUGGAGAGUCUGAGGCACAGAUCCUGGAGCGGUGCAGAGAUGCCAUCAGAUACAGUGUCAAGACCACCCAUCCUCAUUUCUUCAACCAGCUGUAUGCAGGGCUGGAGCCCUACUCCAUGGUGGCGAGCUUCAUCACAGAUGCCCUGAAACCCAGCCUGUACACAUAUGAGGUCUCUCCAGUCUUCACCCUGAUGGAGGAUGCUGUGCUAAGGAAGAUGGUCCAGAUUGUUGGCUGGGAGGAAGGUGAUGGAAUCUUUAAUGCAGGUGGGUCGAUGUCCAACAUGUACGCGAUGAACCUAGCCAGAUACCGUGAUUUUCCGGAAAUCAAGGAGCUUGGCAAUUCCGCAGCUCCCCGACUGGUGGUGUUCACAUCACAAGAGUGUCACUACUCCAUCUCAAAAGCUGCAGCUUUAAUGGGAAUUGGCACAAAGAAUGUUUUUGUGGUCCCGUCAGAUAAGAGAGGAAAGAUGAUUCCCUCCGCUCUUGAAGAGCAAAUCAAGUCUGCUAAAAGCGAGGGCGCUGUUCCCUUCAUUGUAAACGCCACGGCAGGGACCACUGUGCUUGGAGCGUUCGAUCCCAUUGACGAAAUCGCAGACAUCUGUGAAAAAUACAAACUCUGGCUGCAUGUGGAUGCAUGUUGGGGAGGAGCAGUUCUCAUGUCCAAGAAGCACAGGCACCUGAUGAAGGGCAUUCAGAGAGCCAACUCAGUUGCCUGGAACCCUCACAAGAUGCUGAUGGCCUGUCUGCAGUGCUCAGUUUUCUUGGUCCGAGACAAAACUCGUCUCCUCCAGCGCUGCCACUCUGCUCGGGCUUCCUACCUCUUUCAGCAGGACAAGUUCUACGACUUGAGCUACGACACCGGGGACAAGUCCAUUCAGUGCAGCAGAAAGCCGGAUGCCUUCAAAUUCUGGCUUAUGUGGAAGGCUUUGGGAACAAGAGAACUGGAGCAGAGGGUGGACAGAGCCCUCGCCAUUGCCAGGUAUCUUGCAGAAGAAAUUAAGAAAAGAGAAGGGUUCAAUCUGUUGAUGGAGCCUGAAUAUGCAAAUGUUUGCUUCUGGUACAUCCCACCAAGUUUGAGAGACUUUCCUGAUGGUCCUGAGUUCUGGAAAAAACUGCACAAUGUGGCCCCAGUUAUUAAAGAGCGCAUGAUGAAGAAAGGCAGCAUGAUGGUGGGCUACCAGCCCCACGGAGGCAAAGCCAACUUCUUCAGGAUGGUGGUGAUCAGCCCUCAGGUCAGCAGACAGGACAUGGACUUUGUCCUGGACGAGAUACACAGUCUGGGUAUGGACUUGUGAUGCGCCGACGGAUUCACACGGGAGCUUUUCUAUUAGAAGUUUAUAGAUAACUUGUAGCAUAUGUACUAGAAUUGUGUCCUUGGAUUUCUUGAAAUAAAAAAUGCAUCUGAGACGGAA